AUGAAGGUGGCACCAGCACAACCCCAGGCGGCACAGUCAGGGAUGGAGCACGAGUCACACCACCACCCCCCAAACCUUCUAAUGGUCCUCAUCCAGCUGGCCCCAACCCCAGGGUCAGGGUCACCCCCUAACCGUCACCUCCCCAGCCUGGUGUCAGAGGUCAACCCCGAACUACUGGCCUCUGGGGCCAUCAUCUUACCUGGUAACUUGAGACCUCCGGCGGGCGACGGUGCUGCAUGUGUGCACGGGGAGGGUGUGGGCUCCGGGGAGAGCUGCAACGGCCAAAGACCUCACCUAAGGCCCCGACCCUGGUGGGGAGUUACAGUGAGUGUGUGUCCCUCUGUCCCCAUGCAGACGGAGAUCCUGACAUCCCUGAAGGCUCUGUUGAAGCACAUAGACUCCAGUCAGCUCACUAGAGACCUGGACGGAACGUUCCCCUACGACCACAACCACUGGGAGGUAUCUAGGUGUUGGAGCAGCAGAGGUCUCCUGAUGAAGUGUGUGUUGGAGGACACCUGUCUGAACAGACUGAGACUGGAGGGAGGAACAGUCCUGGCCCGUAUCAGGAAGGACGAGGCCUGUGAGAAUGACAACUACAGGGAUUCAGUGGACAUGGUGAAUGUCCUUUAUAACCAGGUGGAUGAGGAGGUCCAUAAACUGGUGAUCCUCUCCAACAAGUCCCUGAAACAGCUGGAGAGUCUGCUGGAGGUCCGCGGGUUUGAGGAACAGACAGAGCAGAUCAAAGUAUGGUUCAGUGUGGAAGGAGAGAAGCACCUCACUCCCCUGGACUCUCUCCAUCUCUCUCUGGCUACGGUCAAAGACAUGAGGCAGAGUUUGGAACAGUUCUUUGAAGAGUCAGUUCAGCAGCAGAAGCAGGGUUUACUGCUGGUCAGGCAGUCAGGGGAGUCUCUCCCCCAGCUCGGCCUUGCUGGACUUCAAACAGCACCUGGGAUCCAUCCUGGGCAGAGUGGAGAGGAGGAAGAACCAGCUAGACAUCCUCACCAACCUCUACGAGUUCUACGUGCUCGUGUCCACUCAGUGUCUGUUGUAAUUGUAUUUUUACGUGCUAUCCGUCCUGUCCUGCAGGCUAACCAGUGGAUGGAGCACUGCCAGGACUACUUCAGGCAGCUGAACCUGGACAGCAGUGGUGUGAGCCUCCCUUCUGCAGUACUUGAGAUCCUCCAGGACUAUCAGAUGGAGGCCUCUACGUUCUCCCUGGACAACUUCAGCCCCCUCAAUGAUAUGGUCCUGUCCUUGGACAGCCCCCGGCAGACCCAUCAGUGGAACGUCCUGUGGACCAAGUGUCAACAGACCAAGAACCAGCUGGAGGAAACCCUGGUCCAGGCCACAGCAGCAGCUACUGCAGCCUCUGACUCUGCAGCCUCUGACUCUGCAGCCAGAAAUCUAACCAAAGACCCGUCAGAGACUGCAGACAGACAGGGGGGCUGCACUCACACGGAGCAGCAUGGGGCUGCGGCAGGGGAUCUUGUUUUACCUGAGUUGCCCACUCUGGGGUCAAGGAUCAUAGUGUCGUCUCUGGAGGAAGAAACCAAGCCUCACUCCACAGGGCACUUCUCCUCCAACAACAACAAGAGCCCCUCCUCCUGCUCCUUCACCUCCUCCUCCCUCUUCCCCUUCCCCCCCGCCCCAGAGGGAGACCCCCUCCUCCUCAAGCUGCGGCAGAGCCCCUCUCUGUUCGACGACACGGACAGCGACUGCACCAUCGACUCCCUGGGGGCCGCCUCCUGCCACUCGGAGCCUGUCUAUUCGUCGUCUGGGACGCCACUCCACCAUCUCCACCAUCACCACCAGCACCACCAGCACCGCAAACAGCCGCUCAAGAAGAUCAUGAAGAAGACGCUGAGCUAUGAGCUGCCGGCAGCGCAGGACGGUGGCGGUGGCCACGUUGACACCAGCCACCUGCAUGGUUACACGGGGGUGUACAUCAAGGGGCUGGAGGUGGCCAACAACGUGUCGGUGGAGAAGAAGCUGCAGAGGCCUGACGUGGUGAGCCCGGCGCUGGGACGCAGCCGCAGCAUGUCCUCCCCCACCAGACACCCAGAGGGAGAUGGAAAGAAGCAUAGCAGUAAAGUGCAGCACAUCAUGGCUGAGAUGAUCUCCACGGAGAGGGAGUAUGUGCGUUCCCUCAGCUACGUCAUCGAGCACUACUUCCCAGAGAUGGAGCGUCUGGACCUGCCUCAGGACCUGGGGAAGCGCAGCAUUAUCUUUGGCAACAUGGAGAAACUGUGUAACUUCCACUGCCAGUACUUCCUGAAAGAGCUGGAGGCCUCGGCCCACUCUCCCCUGUCCAUCAGCAGCUGUUUCCUCAGACACGAGGAUCAGUUUGGAAUGUACGCUCUCUACAGCAAGAACAAGCCGCAGUCUGACGCUCUACUCACCAGCCACGGGAAUGGAUUCUUUAAGAACAAGCAGUUGGAGCUGGGUGAUAAGAUGGACCUGGCGUCCUACCUGCUGAAGCCCAUCCAGAGGAUGUCUAAGUACGCCCUGCUACUGAAGGACCUGAUCAAGGAGUGUGGUCAGUCCCAGGAACAGGAGCUCUCUGACCUCCGCACCGCAGAGGAGAUGGUUAAGUUCCAGCUGCGCCAUGGCAACGACUUGCUGGCCAUGGACGCCAUCCGAGGAUGUGAUGUGAACCUGAAGGAACAGGGUCAGCUGAGGUGUCAGGAUGAGUUCAUCGUGUGGUGUGGCCGCAGGAAGUAUCUCCGUCACGUCUUCCUGUUCGAGGACCUCAUCCUCUUCAGCAAAAGCAAAAAGAUUGAGGGAGGAUAUGACCUGUACAUCUACAAGCAGUCCUACAAGACGGCAGAGAUAGGAAUGACAGAGAGCGUGGGCGACAGCGGGCUGCGUUUCGAGAUCUGGUUCCGGAGGAGGAAGUCCCAGGACACGUUCAUCCUACAGGCCAGCUCUGGAGAGGUCAAGGCCGUGUGGACAGCCAUCAUCGGAAAGAUCCUCUGGAGACAGGCGCUACGAAACAGGGAGGUGCGCUUGAAAGAGAUGGUUUCCAUGGGGAUUGGCAGCAAGCCUUUCAUGGACAUCAAGCCUAGUGAUGCUGCCAUUAGUGACCGAGCCAUUGAUUACAUCAUGAAGGGGUCAGAGUCCAGGACCAGGGCGUCCAUCGCGGUGUCCUCCUUCGACCACUCCACGCCCUUUAAGCGGCCUCACUCCACCAUCUCCAACAGUAGCACCUCCUCUUCCUCCUCCCAGUCCUCUUCCUCACUGCUGGGCUCCCUCAACCUGCACCUGUACCCCUCACCUGCCCACCAGCACCCCCACGCCCACGCCCCACCAGCACCCAUACCCCCUGGGCAGCGUACCCUCCUUCAGCCACUGGCCCUACGACUGCAUUGAGGAGGACGAGCUGGAGCAAGACGCGGGCAGCCAGCCUUCUAUGAUCACAGAGAGCUCGGGGA